AUGUAUUGUAUAGUAUCAUAGGAACAGGAGGAAAGAAAGAUCAGUCCGAUGGACAGUGCUAGUGUCUGCCAGUGACAUUCGUGGCAGUGUUGACAGUGUCGGUGAUGCUUGGGAGUUUUUGGCAGAUAUUCAUUAUUGGUUGUUGCCAUAUGAACCAUACAGAGGAUACCAUAUCUUCACUUUCUUUAUGGCCAUUGCAUUGGCAUUGUAGGCCUCGUUAUGUACCGUACGUGUACAUGCCAGUAUGAUAUCUAUCCUACCAGAUAAUAAAUAAACUAACACAACGUAGUGAGUCUAAUGGUUCCCUAUACAAGAGUACAGACCCAUCCAGAGGAGAGAAGGGUGGACGCUAAUCAGUAAAUAACAAAAGAGAAGACUGCACCCGAGUUGGAAGGAUAAGUGCUGAUGAAGACCACCAUCCGCACCAUUGGAUCCUGUUAAGAGACUAUCAGAUAUGUUGUACUUGCAGCAGUGAAUGAACUUGUUAAAAUGAGAAUUGGCUUUUUCUGCCUGAACAAUUAUUCGAUCAAUGGUAUUCUGUGGAUAGCCCGGUCCUGUGGUCAGAAUUGAUGACCUGACAGUCUGUCAGUAACACCUUGUCCGCCAAAAAUGGAUAACACCAGCAGCGAAAAUGAGAGACUACUCCCUGCAGUCUGUAAUUUGUAUAAUGAGUCUGUAGUAGAAACAGAGGCUGCGGUUAAUUUUGGAACAAUACAAGUCGCCAAUGGGUCACUAUCUCAGACUCCACCGUACAACAAUAAUUCAGGCAGUACCAAUGCAAGCCAGUCGUUCAAGGGGGAUGUUCAUGUUUAUAAAAGAAGAUGGUACAUCUUGGCUGUCUUUUCUUUGUUUUCAUUCACACAGGGUCUGAUUUGGAAUGCAUGGGGUCCAAUUGCUGGUUCGUCUGAGGCUGUAUUUGAUUGGCAGAACCCACAGAUAGCAUUAUUUGCAAACUGGGGCUGCAUCACGUAUCUUGUGGUUGUACCCUUCACAUCAUGGCUCAUGGAAGAAAAAGGACUUCGUCCCGCACUGUUGUGGUCUUCGUUUCUAGUCGCACUUGGUGGGGCAAUAAGAUGUAUCACAUUCCACUUACCUUAUGUAACCUGGUUGGCUAAUGCUGGGGCUUUUCUGAACGGGGCGGCUGGCCCAGUUGCUAUGGCGGCAUCACCAGUGUUGUCGUCGGUGUGGUUCCCUCCAGAUGAGAGGACAACGGCAACAGCUGUGUCGUCGACAUUGAAUUACAUGGGAGUUGCUUUGUCUUUUGUUGUGGGUCCAGCGAUAGUAAAAGAUUUACUGCCUGGCAACGUCACAAAUGCAAGCGUCCCGAUGACCAAUGUUGUCAACGACAGCAUUCCUUAUGUGACAAAUCUGACAACCUUAUUACCAGAUGUAAACAGAAGUACAGCAUCAGUGCCAACUAAACCAACUCUGCUACCAUUAUCAAAUGCAACAGUUCCUAGCUAUAUUGACAAGAUGAAGUUUGAAAUUGAAAUAUAUACUUAUAUACAGGCUGGAGUAGCUAUCUUUCUUUUCUUCCUGAUUCUGCUGUACUUUCCCUCACGACCAAAGAUGCCUCCCAGUGUAUCGGCUGCCACUGAUAGAGUUGACUUCAAGAGCGGAAUAAAAUCCUUGUUGAAAAAACCGAAUUUUUUUUUAAUCAUAACCGCCUACUCUUUAGCAAUUGGAAUAUUUGGCCCAUGGAUGUCGGUUCUUAUCGUCAAUGUUAUCUCCAGAGGUAUUGCCCAGGCAGAAGCUGGAUGGCUGGGCUUCUUCUCAACAAUUGCUGGAUGCGUUGUCGGUUUUGCUAUAGCACGUUUGGCUGAUGUUAUCUCCCGCCACAUGAAGAUGUUCCUUAUUGUAAUGUUCACGCUGAGUACGCUGAUGUUCGUGUGGUUCACGCUGAUCUGCGAAGGAUGGAUUCCUUUUUCCACUGUUCAGAUCUAUGUCUCCUGCAUUACUGGCUGUGCCCUGGUCGGAGGGUCGAUACCACUAUUCUAUGAAUUGGGAUGUGAAACUGCGUAUCCUGUGGCGGAGUCGGUAGCGGCAGGAGUUCAAACGUUUUUGCUCAACGUGGUUGGAUUUCUUUUCUUGAUACUCUUCUACAUUCCAAAUAUUGGAACUGACUGGUUGAACUGGGUGAUGCUUGGCUCUGUUGCGGCCGGAAUUCCAAUGCUUGCAUUGUAUAAAGAACAAUAUACUCGUCUGGAGAUUGACAGUCUAGAGACCACGUCAACAGACAAUGAUGUCCAAAUAUAAGAUGGAGGGAUUUGAAUGACAUUUAGUCUCAGUGGUAAAAAAGGUGCUUGAAGCUGGACGCUGUGUACUUGACAGUAUACUUGUGGGGUGAUCAACAGCAGUGCUAACUAAGAUACAUGUAGUACAUCAUUAAGUGACUAUAAUGUCAAAUAUAAAAUGUUAUGGAUUUGAAUUAUGUUCGGUUUGGAAUGGUGUUAUAUUUGAUGUGAAUUUUAUUCUAGAGAUUAGCUCAGAACUUUUGAACACUGGUCAUAUGUUUGGCCUUGCUGUCUCGUAUCAAAACGAAAUGUGAUGUCUCAUGAAAAUGCUAAUAAAACAAUUCAGAAUCA